AUGGCUUCGGAUCGAACGAACGAAUUUCUUUCACUCGCCCAGAGUUUGCCGAGUGCGGCCGAAUCCUCCAUAGCGCCCCUGCUCGGAUCGUCCCACACGCCCUCUACAUCGUCCUUCGUCGCUGCACGAUCCGCGCCACCGACUCCCGCGUACGCUGCCUUGCGCGAAUUCCACCAAACAGCCGGCGAUAUCAGUCGUGACAUUGCUUCGACGUCGGCCCUUCUCGCCGAACUCACAACGCUGGUCCGUCACCAGUCCAUGCUCCAAGACGACAGUGCUCCCGUCAACAAUCUCGUCGUCCGCAUCAAGACCAGUAUUGAGAAUUUACACAGUCGUUUGGAUCAGGCCUCCAAGGUUUUGCAAACGCAGAAACGGCAGUUGGGCAAACACAGUCAAGCCGGACAAGAAGCCACCAAUCUCGUCGAUGGACUCCAGGCGGAAUUCGCACAGGCCGCUACAGGCUUUAAACGAGUCCUACAGCAGCGGACGGACAAUCUCAAAGAAACCGACGACCGCCAACGACAAGUCUACGGAAAUGGCGAUCAUGAUGGUUUCCACGACGAUCCCAUGCCCGACAUGGGCCUCUUGGCCGCCCCACCGCCCGUCUACGGCGACGCAUCCAAUCCUCACGCAUCCUUUAUGCUAGAUUUGACCAGCAAUUUGCAACAACAGACGGGCGGUGAACCCACGUCCAGUAGUCUCCCCCGUCCGCACGGCAUUGCCGCUCCCGGAUCGGGCGGUCUCGAGUACGGAGUCCGGCAACGCAAACUCGGUAACGCGGGCACCCCGGACGCCGCCAAUUUCUAUGGCCACACCGGACCCUUGACCCCCCUCGAUAUUCAACGCAUGGAGGAAGAAUCCGGGUUGACCCAGUCACUCCAACUCAUUCCUGAUCAGGAUUACAUGCAACAACGUGCCGACGCCAUGUCCACGGUCGAAACCAACAUUGUGGAGCUGGGCACCAUUUUUAAUAAACUGGCCGUCAUGGUAUCCGAACAUCAAGAAAUGGUACAGCGCGUGGAAGACAACGUCGAAGACGCCAACACCAACAUUAGUUUGUCGCUGGAAACGUUGACGGACACCUUGACCAAUCUGCGCAGCAAUCGACAACUCAUGCUACGGCUCUUCUCCGUCCUGGUGGUUUUCAUUAUUGUUUUUGUAAUCGGCUUUGCGUAA